UCUGGUGAAAACAAGUGCACAGGUGGGUGUGUUCAACUGGUGAAUAACUAACACCACAUAAACGCAUGUAUCAUCUUCUCACUGUGCUGUUUGAUAAUUUUAGUGUCAGACUUUUACCCCCUAAAGACUCUUCGAUGCAAAUACCUAUUUUCAGACGUUUAAGAGUCCUGAUUAUAUGUAAUAAACAUGUCGAGCAAAGAUGUUGAGCUGAGCAGUGUUUCUGAUAUGAGAGCCGUCAUCCCACCCGAGCCCAAAGAAAAUGACUCGAAAUCGUCACCAUUACUCAUCUUCGUUCUCGUUGUGGGUCUAAUCGUGGGAUUCGUCGCUCUUGUCAUCGCUGCGAUAAGCCUUGGGCGAACUAGUGGUGGUAGUGGUGGUAGUGGUGGUGACGAUCGAUCAGUACCUAAUAUUAUCAUCAAUCAGGAUGGUACAGGACAGGGAGACACUUCAGUCUCUAUUUCUGGAGACAUCUGGACUUUCGCCAUUGGGCAUGACGGGACGAAUAUCGAAUACAUUGAUGAUCUAACUGGAACUCUGCGUGGCUUCCAUGUUGAUAUCGUAGAUGCAGUUUGCGCAGCAGCAAAUAAGGACUGUCGACUCAUCUGGGAUGUGUACGAGAAUUGCUGGGAUUCUGAAGCUGGUCAACGUUCUCGUGGGGGCUUUGGAAUUAUGGCUCGCUGGUAUGAUGCCUGCACUGGAUGGUUUAAUACCUACGAGCGAGCCCUCACCGUGCAAUUCUCAGACGAGUUCCGCGUUGGUCUAAGUGGGAUCUUUUACGUCAGACCUUCCAAUCCAGGCGGUUUUAAUCCCACUAAUAUCCCAUCAAAUCAGAUAAUUGGUUUCGUGGAUGGAUGGGCGUCCGAUGAAUAUUGCUUGGCUCGUAACGCCGACGCAAUACAGGGUGCUCCACUUGCGACGAGUCAAGUGAUGCAUUAUCCGACCAGGGAGGCUCUUAAAGCCGGAAUCAUCGCAAAUGAAGUGGCAGCAGGAUUUGCGAACACCAAUGUGUAUGCCGAUGAUCCUGAGCUGGAUACGGUUGGGCAGGCUAUCACUACCUGUAUCAAAGGAGGUGGUUCUAUGAUGUCUCGAUUGGAUAGCUCCCUCAACGUUUGGUGGAAUCCAGCCUUUGCAAGUAUAAAAAACACUGAAACCUACCGACAAAUCUGCGAGCGAGCUUCUACAAGCCACGGACACAUGCCCGGAGCCACAGGACCUGAUCUUUGUUUGAACUAAGAAACGAAUGCAUCCAAACCUACUCUUUCUUUUUUUUUCUUUUGUCAAGAUUUAGUAUAAAGUAUUGAAUUAUGUGAUACCUUACUUUAGAAAUGUGUUUUUUUAUAAGAAAAUCAAGAAAAAAUUUCAAUCGAUGUUAUUUUAUCACGUAUCAUUAAGAAGUAUAAUGUACCGUAUGAUGGUAUGGUGUUUGGUGGGCAAUUCAAUGAGUCAAUUAAAAUUAUCGUUAUGCUGUCUUGUUUUGAUCAAUAUUUGAACGUAUUGAUUGAUAUUCAACAGCAAAUUUAUGACCUCGUCUUCAUUAUUCAAAGAUUCUACAUACUAAAUAUAUCAAAACAGAAUAUUGUCAUUGAUUUUUUUUUCUCGACUGGAAAAAAUAUGGAAGAAAGAAAGGUAUUGAAAAAUAGUGACCUGGGGCGUUGAAGUCCCAUGAACAACGAAAUCAAUACUCUUGUGCAAAAUUUAUAUGCAUAAAAUAUUAAUAAACUUUUAUAUUUGUUACUAUUAUAUCUCCCUAUUUUUGGUGAAGAAUUUGCAUUUUCUGUACAAUAUAGGUUUCAGUAGAUGUAGAAAAGAGUUUGUUGUAAGUAUUGUAGGAAUCUUAAAAACAGCUACACUGUAAAAAAAAAUAUUGGGUAAAAUUCUAACCAGCACGAGGGUAAUUAUGUGUCCAACCAAUUUGGGACAGCAUUUUACCCAAUGCGGGAAGCAUAUUGUCCAGUAUAAGGUUAAACAAUAAGCAGCAUUUACUUUAGAAUGGGCAAAAUUUUCAUCACAUUGGAUAAAUAAAAAUGCCCAAUGUUGGUUGGACACAUAAUUACCCUCAUGGAGCAUUUUUACCCAAUAUUUUUUUUGGAGUGUAUGUAUAUGGUUGAUGAUAUAGGGUGGUGACGACGCUACACUGCACUUGGAUUUUAAAGAGAGAAAAGAGUGAGACCGUUGUUGAUCAAAGACUGCGAUAACUUAGCCGAGCUAGACCCACAUGGUAAAAGAUAUCCAGAUUGGGUUAAAUUUAGUUGAUCUGUUUGGCAGUCGGUACUCCUACUGAUGGAAAAAAAAUCGUCAGAUCGAUUACUCGUUGCUGAAAUUGAUUAAGCCAUGUUUACAUUGCUGAAUUGAUCGUGCCAGAUUAAAAUAUUCUCGACCGGUAUAGUUUCUACUCAGCAAUUUAGAACUGAACAUUAUAUGCGUAAACAUUGUAAAUCUGAUAGAUGUCCUAUUUAAAUGAGAAUUAAAGUACAUAGAUCUAUUGGGAAGUCCAUUCAUGCCAAGCAUGGUUUUGAGAGACAUGUCAGGAUUACCUACCCUUUCUGCAUAUUUUCCGAUUCUUGAUACCACUGAAUUUGAUUCUCCUAUAAGAAAAGAAGUUUUCCGCAUUAAUAAACGCAAGAACACAAUUAAUGAUUGACUUGUUUUGGUAAACACUGAUGAUGUACAGGCCUCAAUGAUUCUGUGUAAUCCGGUUGAAUAUCACCAUCGAUCGCCUCGCAUCAUUUGGUUAGUGAAAUACGUAUGGUCUUAGUGCAUUCCUACAAACAAGCCUUAGAAUGCCCCUCUUCAGGUCUGAUAUCCUAAAUUUUCCACUCGCGCUUCGUGCUAGCAAUAUUUGAUUAGUGAGAUGCGUAUGAUAAUCAUGAUUACAAUGACUACAAUUGCUUCAAAAUUGUUUUUAGAUGUAAUUCUGGUAAAAUGUGCUUGGCACUCGCAUUAGUUGACAAUGGCGAGAUAUGUAUACUCUUAAUGGGUUCCUAAAAUAUAGUCCUUAAAUGUCUUUGUUUGUGGUCAAUAUAUACAAAAUUUCAGCUCGCGCUUCGCGCUCGCAUUGUUUGUUUAGCGAGAGCGAGAUACAUAUUCGUUUAAUGGCACUGUCCUUAAAAUUUCUCAAUUAGGUCAGUAUACCUGGCGACUGAGCACGCUUCGCGCGCUCACUAAAUAACUCAAUUUUUUUUGCUGGUGCCCCCCCCCCCCCAUGCCGUGACCCACAGUAUGCCACUGCGACCAAUGAUAACUUGAUCAUAAUGCAUAUUUUGUGCAUGCAACAACAGGAAAGGGAGACAGGAUUUGUCAAGGGAAAGAGAUCAUUGUUCGAUGUUGUAUCAAAUUGUUAACAUAACCAUGUUAACCUGGUUGGCCAGGGUAUAAUCGAUUACGUUCGUUUAAAAAAAAUAAAAUUUUCAUUAGUGUAUAUGUUUUUUACUUUGAAACAUUAAUCCAUACUUUUCAUUGUCAGAGUCUCAAUAAAAUGAAUUUGAUAUUUUAAUAUA